GACAGAGAUGAGUUGAUCAAAUGGGCUCGAAGCGUGUCGCAAAGUUUAAGGUUCGCAAUUAUAGUUAGGCGAUCCGAUUCGGGCGAGAAGAGAAAGGCUCAAUUGGUGUUAGAGUGUGAACGUAGUGGGAAGUAUGUUCCAGCCAAGAAGAAGUUGAAAUCCGAUACCUCCGGAACAAGAAAAUGCGAAUGUCCUUUCCGACUCCGUGGGUAUUACAACAAGGCAACAAAACUAUGGCGUUUGACUGUUGUCAACGGUAUGCAUAACCACGAGUUGGACAAAGGGCUUGAAGGGCAUCUCGUGGCGGGGCGUUUGAAACCACAAGAGAAGGAUUUUAUGGACGAGAUGACAAGGAAUGCGGUGGCUCCAAAAAACAUAUUGUCCACAUUAAAGGAGAGAGAUCCGGAAAACAAGACCUCUGCAAAGCAAGUGUACAACGCUCGUCAUAGGUACAGAGUUAAAAUGAGGGCGUCCAUGACUGAGAUGCAACACUUAUGCAAGAAGCUUGAUGAUAACAAGUACUACUACAAGUAUCGGACGGUUGUUGAAAAUGGAGUAGAACAUCUUCAAGAUAUAUUCUUUGCACAUCCGAGGUCCAUAACUUUAUUGAACUCUUUUCAUACUGUGCUGAUGAUGGACUCCACAUACAAAACCAGCAAGUACAAAAUGCCGCUGUUUGAAAUAGUCGGAUACACUUCGACCGAGAAGACAUUCAACGUUGCUUUUGCCUGGCUCAGUAACGAAAAGGAAGACAACUUUAUAUGGGCUCUGCAACAACUACGUUGUUUGUUAAGGCGUGAGACAAAUUUGCCGAAGGUUAUCUUGACGGAUCGAGAUUUAGCUUUGAUGAAUGCUAUUCCGGCUGUGUUUCCAGAAGCGGCGGCGUUGGUUUGUCGGUUCCAUGUUAAGAAGAAUGUGAGGACCAAGGCAGCCGAGCUGGUCAAGGUGAGGGAUGGGGAAAAGGUCAAGGCGGCGGACAUGAGGGAAAGAGUCUGUUUGGCGUUCGAGGAUGUGUUAGAUUCGUCUACUGAGGCUGAGUAUACUGAAAAUGUUAUGGCUUUUAGGAAGUUAUGUGAGAGGUGGCCAAAAUUUGUUCGGUACGUUGAAGAGACAAUUUUGGACACCGACAAAGAGAAGCUCGUGAGUGCAUGGGUGGACAAGUAUAUGCACAUGGGCAACAAUACGACAAAUAGAGCUGAAAGCGCACACGGUGUUUUGAAAAGUUACUUGACCGACGGUCUCGGUGAUUUGGUGAAGGGUUGGGAAUCGAUUCACAGAAUGUUAGGCAAUCAAUUCACCCAAGUGCAAACUGAAUUUGGCCAGAACAUGUCUGUGUAUGGACACACAUACCGGAAGAAAACACUUUACUCGACUUUGAUGUUUAAAGUCUCUAGACGUGCAAUGAGAUACAUCCACACUGAAUCAAAAAGAGUCGAGUUUACUGGUAUGGAUAGCAUGAAGUGUGGUUGUCUGAUGAGGACUAACUACGGGCUGCCAUGUGCGUGUUUGAUUGCCAAGAAACUGCACCACAAUAGGCCUAUUAGACUCGAUGAGGUUUACAAACAUUGGAAGAUAAUUUGUUUCCAAGAUGAAGAAGUUGGUGGCGACGUCGAGGACGAUUAUGCGUGCACGGCAGAGUGGCAAGCAAUUCAGGAACGAUUGAGGACAGCUGAUGUAAGCAUGAAAAAUGAGAUCCGAGAUCAACUCCGCAAGAUUGCGUAUCCUACAACCACCGAUGUGGAGCCUCCGACCACAAAUGUAAAAUCAAAAGGGGCUAAAAAGAAAAAGGUGGUCCGUGGAACAAGAUCCACCAGCAGAUCCCGAUGCUUCAACCACAUCCCAAAACCAUCUGUCCGUGCGGCGCGACGGUUUUUGUAUAUUAAUAACUUUUUUUCCGCUGGCGAUGCAACGUAA